UUUUAAGCUGCAGUUAUGGAGAGCAUCAAGGUCACGAAUAAAAACCCAAAGGCUUUCAAGCCUGCAAAAUACAAACUCCUUGCAAAAUACUCAGAAGAUAUCAGAGAAGACAACAAAAGGAGGCAUUUGGCUUAUAUCAGGAAGCUUCGACAUAUGAAAUAUGCUAGUGGGAAGAAUUUUAAGAAACUUGAAUUGGCUCCUUGAGACUCUUCCACAAUGUUUCCAAAUGAAGAGAAUAAGGAGCACACAUAUCAAGAGAAAUUUGACAAGUAUUAUAAGGAGUUUAGAGAAGAACGCUUGAGAAGAGAGAAGGGUGAUAAGGGCAUCAAGACUGUAGGCUUCAACCUAGGUGGCCGGAAACUCUCAGAAACACGCACUGUCAAGGAUCUCAGUAGGAAUAAGGCUAAGCAUAGAAGGAAGAAGAGGAAAAUGGUGUCUGUUGAUGAGACUAAUUCAGGUAAUACUACUAUGUACCACUUCACCACUCCUAAUCAAAAUUUUAAUACGAAUGCUGGCAGAGAGUUGCCUAAAAUUAAUAAGAGUCUGAAUUAUCUUGAGUCAUCCAGAGAGAGGAUUACUGAUAGGUCUAUCAAACUUCCUUCUAAGAAUAUGGUGCUUAAUUAUGGCUCUGAAGCUACUCAUGAAGGGUCUGUUACUGGAAAAUUCGGUAAACUUCCAAAAUUACCUGAAAGGUACAAGGCUAAGAAGAGUUCUAUAUCCAAUCAAAAAUUAACUUCUCAUGAUAUUCUAAAUAUGAAAAAUGAGAAUUUUGUGUCCCAGCAGUUAACGCUAGACCCAAAUGCACUGAUUGAUGCUGCAAAGGAAGCUAUGAGGGAGAAUAAAAAUCUAAGUUUCAACAUCCCUGAUACUCACAAACUCAGAGACACAACCAGUGAUAGAAGUGAGGCAAUGAGUAAGAGGGCAGUUUCUGUAAAGAGCAUUCCUAUGCCUAAAGUGUCUCCAUUCACUAAGUCUAUCCCUAUUAAGAAGUACGGAGUCAAACUUUUCGAUGAGGAGGAUGAAUACCUGUGCAAAUGCUUUAAGACAAUGUGUGCACAGAAUGCGGGUGAGAAUAUCAGAAACUUUAGGCUAAACCGUGUAAGUUUCAAGAACUAUUUAUCAAAGAGGUAUAACAACAAGAUUGCAGAGACCAUAGUGUGCUGAUUUGACUUCUCAAUGCCUUGGGACCAUGUUAACUACUUUGAAGGUCUCGAAGUUUUUGUGAAUAACCCAAGGGAUUCCUUACUCAAGCUCAUCUUCCAUUGUCUUGAUAACAAUGCUGAUGGGUAUAUUUCAAAUGUUGAUUUGUUCGUACUGAUGAAAACACUUGAUGGAGAUAUCUUCGUAGAUGUUGUAAGUAGGGAUGUAGUUGACAUAGUUCGGUUCCUAGAGAAAUAAACUGAAGGAGAAAGGACUAGAUGACCCAAUAUUAAACGAAAAGAGACGACUUGAAAAAGAAUUCCUCCAGCGAAAGAACUUAAAGUAUCGCAAACUCCUCGGAGCAGAGUCACCUGAUGAUGAUUACCAAUCCGAUAGCAUCUUUAAACUUUCAGCUCUAGAGAAAAUGGGGAAUAUUGUUGAAAGUCACUCUUUACAUGAAGUCAACCCAGCUAAAACACAGAAAAACACCAAAAAUGAAGACACGCCUGGAGAAGCAUUAGAACCUAAGAAACCCAGAAAGUUUGGAGUCAAGGAUAUCUCAUAUGAAAUCUGUGAGAGUGAUGAGACGACUAUGAAAUGUUCACUGGAAGAAUACCUUAAGUUUAUCACAACCGGGAAACUUCCUGACUUACUUAUUGAUAUUUUUACUUAUCUUGGUGCUAAGAAAUACGUAAAACAUGUCAUUGAAGGGGGCAAAAAGAAGAACCUCAAGACCAUAGACUCUAAAGAGACCUCAACUCUUGAUAAGAGAGGGAAGAUCAAACGGCAAUCCACCAUAAAAAUUGAUAGUGAGCUGGAAAAGUGGAGAGAACAGCUUGGAGAGGAAACUGUUGCUAAUUUUAUUAAAGCCUUUACUAAGCUAUCUAUUGAUAAAAAGAAACCUGAAAAUGAACUAACUAUUAGUUUGGAAUCGGUAAUAUAGAAAGCUUCGAACCAAUUUUCGGAGUGAAAAAUGACUUCUUAGCGAAAUGAAUAUACUACUUCCUCACAGAUGGCUACCCACUCAAAGAUAUAAGAAUCACUAAUUUCAUAAAGAAAUUUCUCGGCUUUGGCACAGGAAUGAAGAGGGAUUUCUACAAUUUUAUAUUCGAUUUUCUUGAUGUGAAUAAGGACCAGCAGGUUACAAUGAUUGAUCUGAUCUUCUUCUACACAUAUUUGCCUAAAAAUACACAAUUUGGAACAGAGAUCGCUGAUUCAAUAGAACUGUUUUCAAAGAAGUUUAUCCUUAAUAGAGGCAGGAGACCAGCAGAGAUCAAUAUAGAGGUUUUUAAGCUAAUAUUUCCAGAACUUCCUUGCUUUGUAACUGAAAUUAUGAACAAAUUGUUCCAAAAACCACAGACUAUUGAUAUGAAGUCCUUGAAUGUGGUCAAUGGAGUAAAAUCAGCACUGAUGGUUGAUACAAGCCUUGAUAAUGAGAAGAACCCUGAUCUGUUUUAUGAUAAAUUUGAUGUGGAUUUCUCCAUGAAUGCAUAUCAUGUUGAGAAAUCCUCUAAAGAGUAAUAGUACAAUACAUAAUUUUCA